AUCGAACCGGCCUGUUGGCCUCAAGGAUAUUGUGGCACAGCACGGGAGGUAUCAAUACGUGCACAGGUAACAACCUUUCGAACCUUCAGACGUUUCAUUCUCAUUACUUCCAUCAUGUAUCCUCCUUACGCAAGCAAAAUGCCAUUACGGCUCUCUUCUCCCUCGCGAGGAUUUGCCGUAAGAAAACCUCGAAACUCUCGUCCUAUCAUCAUAUCCGCACUCACUGUGGCCAUCAUAUUCCUUGUUUGGUUUCAGUCAGAUCAAGCCAUACUUUCACUCCACAAGCCUACUUCGACAUCGACGAAGUUACCGUCACCUGCGAACUCCACACUCGGUUUUGGCGCCAUCAUCGCAGUAUCACCACCCAAUUCCAAAAGGCGACACGGCCUCCUACAGGCAGCCAAUGUGACAGAGCUCGACAUCACCAUCCCAGAGCUGCCAAUCUGGACCGAGGAAGAUGUAGAGCAAUUCCGAAGCCAGCAAGCCCCAACCGAAAUGCGGUUCCCGAUGAUCGCAGCAUGGAUGAGCCAUUUACGAGUGCUCGAAUGGUUCCUCUCAACCGACCUAGAAACCGCAAUGAUCCUCGAAGACGACAUGGACUGGGACAUGCGCGCCCGCAGCCUCCAAGUCCCCCGUGCAGCCACCGCCCUGCGUGCGCUCUUCCACGCCACGCCAGAAGCACCACACAGCUACUAUCCCCACCCCUCGCACUGGGACGUGCUGUACCUCGGUCACUUUGACCGCUGGGCCUGGUUCGGCCACGAGGCCGGCGUUGGCGUGCAACUGCCCUCCGAUCUCCAGGGGGCCCAGGCAUUCGCCGACGACACGCUCCCGCCGCGCUACAACAUGCUUCCCAACGUCGCCUCCAUCCUGACGGCGCUCGACGUCCCGCCCUUCACGCGUGUCGUGCAUCCCUCGCGGCAGCCUUUUGGGACAUGGGCGUACGCUGUCAACCGGCGCUCAGCGGCUAAGAUCCUCUCCGAUGAAGUCGGAAGCCCGCGGGCGCCGAAGUGGGUGUCGGAUAGUUUUGAUAACACGAUGGUGCGGGCGUGUGAGAACGGGCUGCUGCGGUGCUGGACUGUGUUUCCGGAAAUUUUCCAUCACCGUGAAGGGCUGCUGACGAGCAUGAUCAACCUUCCGGAUGAGUUCAAGCCGACUAAGCUUGUGGAAGAGUUGCGGAAUCGGACUGGCGAGACAGAUGGAAUAGGGUGUGGAUUUGCGAGUGGCGUGCUUAACUUUGGGGAUGAUAAGGAGGAGUUGGAGCGACUUAGGGAUGGGGCGAGGAGGGGGGUGUCUCUACAAAAAAAAACCAUGGCCGCGACCCAAACCGAUGCACAAGUAGCCGAGUUGUGCCGGCAGGCUUUCGAAGCUGAGCACUAUUCAAGAUUCAAAGAAGCUUUCGACCAGCACGGGAAAGCUACAAUCGCGUUGAACAAACUAGCUGACGACGCCAAAUUCCUCGAUCGCGAGAGGAAACAAAUUGCCCGCAAGCAAGCCAAGUUCCAUAGCACAAAGCGCAAGAUCUUAUAA